AUGACCGAGGCAUUCAAUAUGGCGGACCACUUCGACGAAGAUUGGCAAGAGGUGCCUCCUGAUGAAGACGAGUGUGACGAGGCCGCUCAAAAUGAAGAACCUUUUCAGGGGUCCAGAGGCAGCUAUUUCGACGACCUCGAAUACGAAACGAGGCGCAAAAGCGAAAGGGAGCUGUUCAGGUACCGGUCCCGCCACGGCCUCCUGGACAUUGAACGGAUUGACGUUGAACUUUUUAAGCUGCAGUUCAGGUUCGAGAAAGAAGAUUUAGGCGAACUAGCAAGUGCUCUUUUAUUGCCACAAGCAGUGGUCAGUGCACAGAAUGUGACUGUUUCUGGGCAAGCUGCUUUGUGCCUUACUCUUCGACGCGUCGCCUACCCAAGCAGAUGGUGCGAUUUGGAGAAAAUUUUUGGUCUGCAUGCCUCCGUCAUGUCUUCUGUGGCCUCAAAAAUGUUUUGCCACAUUACCAGUAACUUUGGUCAUCUGCUGGACGACUGCAACAACAGCAGUUGGUUGUCGCCCCUUUUCGCACUUAUUUUUCUGCAGGCUGUGGCAAGGAAAGAAGCGCCUCUUCGCAACUGUUGGGCGUUCAUCGACGGAACGGCUCGACCUAAUUGCAGAUCGAAACGAAACCAAGAACAGUACUACUCGGGGCACAAGAGAUGCCACUGUGUAAAAUAUCAGUAUGUCAUGUGCCCGAACGGCAUUAUUUGCCAACUGGAUGGGCCUUACCCCGAAAGACGACAUGAUGCAGACGAGGAAGGUUUUUCGUUUACAGAAAAAAAGUAUUACACUGUGUAG